AUGGUUCGCAACGUGUUUAAAAGUUGCGACAAAUUUCCCGGUGAGCCGAGUUUUGUCGACAAAUUUGUUAGUAUCAUGGCAAAUAUUUUUAAAGAUAUUGGUGAAAUUUGGACGAGACUUUUCGAUCACAGACCAUUUUUAAAUGGAGAAAUAAGAUUUAUCUUACAAGAAUUUGAGGAAAAAAGAGGGAACAAAGAAGUUGAAAGAUUGUUUGCAAUACUACAAAACAUCACAGAGAUAAAAUACAAUCAAAUUGAUUCAAUUAAACUAAAAGCAGAUGAAAAUCUUGAGACAUUGCAAAAUAAAAUAGAUGAUAGUUUAGUGGUGUGCAAUACAAUUUUACAAGAGGAAGAACAAUAUAGAACUGAUACGACAAUAUUAAAAAACAAAGAAAGAAGAAAAGCAGAAUGGGAUGUUUUUAUAAAAGACAUUUCACAGAAAUGUGUCAAAAUAGAUGAAGAAUUUAAUGUUAAAGAAAAAGAUCUUAGAGAUUAUUACGCGGAUCUGGAUAAUAUCACAACGAUUAAAGAUCCAACAGUUUACAUAAAACCUGGAAAAAUUUUAAAGAGUUUUCUAAAAGAAAAUUCCCUUAUAAUCGAUGGUGAAAAUAACAUUCCGGAAAAUAUACAAAAAUUACUCGAUUCGAAAAAUGAUUUUCUCAAUGUCGAGUCGGACAUGAAUUGGAUCAAUCAACUUGUGAUUAAUAUGAGAAAUGAAAAUGAAAACAAUUUAUAUUCUGGAAAAGAAUUGAAUGAAAAAAUCGAGGAAAUGAUAAAGGAAAAUUAUUCGAAUUUCGACAGGGAAGAAGUGAAAAAUGAAAUGGGAAAAAAUUUACCCUAUUUACAUGAGUUAAUGAAAGGAAGUGACGUCAUACUUCCGAAAAACGAAGUCGUUGAAAGAAAUCCCGAUUUGUUGAAAAGAAUAGAAAAAUUGAAAAAGGAACAGGAAGAAAGGGAAUACAAAGCGAUGACUCAAAAUGUCAAUUUGGAUAAAAAACAUUUUCCAGAAGAUUCUGUCAGUUAUCAGAUGAACAUGAUGAAUCGUCAUUUGAUAGCAGUAGGACAACUUUUGGUAUCGGUCGGUGCUGGUUUUGCAUUUGGAUUUCUCGGAGUGGAAUUAAUCGUGGGAAACCUUAAUUUCGGUAUCAGGUUGCUUUUAGGUAUCGCAUGUGCACUUAUAAUUGCCGUAGCUGAAUUUUACUUCCUUGCAAAACAUUUAAACGAGGAAGACAAGAAAGAAAAAACAACAACAAGGAGGGAAAGGAUAAACGAAGUGCCUGAAACAAAGGACAAAAAUAAUAAAUUGCACAAGGAUUAA